AUGCAACAAGAUGACAAAAAGAAAGAUGACUCUGGAAAAUUGGAUACUAUUGUAACUAUUACAAUUUUCAUUAGAAAAUUAUGAAUUGCUUCUAUGAUAAGGAAAUGAGCAAUAUGGAUAAAAUAAAAAGAAUCGAGCUUAUAUUUGAAGAUUUUGGCAGAAUGAACAUCAUUUAGGUCUUCAAAAACUUAAAAUCAUUAGCAUUAAUUACUAUGGGUGUUGCUGUUAUUGGGGUGAUCAUUCAUUCAUUUAACUAUUGA